UGGAGACUUUGGUUCCGAGACUGCUGGGGGCUGUAACACAGGUCUACACUGUCCCAUCGUCUCCACGCUGCACACUACAGAGACUCUCCGUGUUAAAAGGGCUAGCACAGCGUCAGCUAUGGGCCAUUACGUUCUUUGACGCAAUGGGUAAGCCUGGUAACGGCAUCCUGCAAGGCAACACGCGACUCAUGGGCAACUACGACCAGUGCCGGUCCAUCUCUGGGGUCACUGACCUCAACCAGGACAUCCAAGGUGUCUUCGUGGAGUUCACAUUCAGGCUUCAACUUCCGGCAGGUGUUCCCAGUGCCUCGGGGAUAUUCCCCAACCAAGACACGGGACUUCCGGUUCUUCUAUGGGGCGUCUGCUUGCCGGCUGGGUGUGAUUUACAAGACGCCACUGUUAUUGGGAAACAAAUAGCAGAAUCGCUUAACAUGACCCACAGCGGUUCUUUUUUGUUUGAAGACAAGGACCCACUGAAAGACACUUGUUUCAUUAUUGCCAUCGUCGUCUUUGGCGUGCUUGGCUGUUUCUGUUUCAUCGGCACCAUCAUCGACGUCUAUGUGGUCAACAAGCGCUGUAAGAAAGAUAAGAAGAAAGGCCGAACCCAAAAGACGGACGCAGGUAGCGAUGCCCAGGAAACACAGGGGCAGGGAGACAACUCUAUGGGGACUGAAGACUCGCGCGUGAGCUCGGCGCCCAAACUUGAGCCUCAUUAUACGAGUAUACGUGAGGGGAGUGAAGCUGAGGGGGUCGGGAGUAAAGACGUUCCUGAUGGUGUACCAAACGAAGAAGCAAGUGCCACUAAAAAAAUCGGCAUCGCUGGAAGAUUUUUCCUAGCGUUCUCCAUCUCGACCAAUCUCCAAGAGAUCCUGGCCGCCAAACACUCGCCCUCAGACAUCCACUGUCUGCACGGCAUCAAGGUCAUGAGCAUCAGCUGGGUCAUUCUGGGUCACGUCUUCUUCCUGACUCCACAUUUUGCUAAUCUGCUGACCGUGAACGACAUGUCCAAGUGGUGGUCAUUCCAAGGAAUCACCAAUGGUGUUUUCGCUGUCGACACCUUCUUCUUGAUCAGUGGCUGCCUAGUGGCGUACCUGUUCUUAAAGACUGCCAGGAGAGCAGGAGGCUUAAAGUGGAAGCACAUGGUACUGUACUACGUCCAUCGUUACCUCAGGAUAACGCCCCUGUUUGCACUAGCCAUGCUCUUCUACACCGGCAUCACCCCUUACCUUGAGAGCGGACCUUUUGCUCGAGAAGCGCAUGACCGUGACGUCGUCUGCAGAGACACCUGGUGGGCGAACAUUCUGUACAUAACUAAUCUCCUAGACGACCCUAACGCAUGUAUCAACUGGUCCUGGUACCUACCCAACGAUAUGCAGUUCUACGUGGUUGCCCCCCUUGCUCUCAUCCCAAUGGCCUUAGGACAACGGGUCAUCGGUUUACUGGUGACAUUUCUACUCGUGGCAUGUCACUUUACCACCAACGCCAUCUUACAGAACAAACUUCACACCAGCAUCUACAGGAACGUCGACAAACUUGUGCCCAACAUCUACAUUAAACCCUGGACCCGUGUUGGACCCUACGCUAUCGGCAUCAUUCUCGGCUUCAUCCUCUUCCAGACUAAGUGCAAGGCUCGUCUUAAAAAGGUUUACGUUUUCCUGGGCUGGCUCAUCUCGGCGGCAGGGGCGUUAACUAUCGUCUACAUCUCCUACGACAACGUGAAGGACUACGGGAUAGCGAAAGCCACCUGGAGCUAUCUGUCGGCGGACGUCUAUGAGACGGUCAAGAUACCUGUCUGGUCGCUGUGUGUGGGCUGGGUCAUUUUCGCCUGCGCUUCCGGUUACGGGG